CGGUUGGGAGGAUACUACCGCUCCGAUUAGGGCACCCGUGGCCAACGAUGCAAUACCUCCUUCAAGGAAUGACUUCUGGGUAUAGGUACCGUGUGAGUGCCGCGGUCUUCUUGAAGAGGCUGUACCUUUCUGGUCUUUUGUGAUUAUUCGCCAUAAAGGUCCCGUAAACAGCCCCCGAGCGGCGCAAGGUACCCGGUGAAGACGCGGAGUCGCGGCUUUAUGUUCAGCGCAGAGGAGCCGGAGCGAAAGCUGGAGCCAUGGAUUUCUCGUUAAGCCUUUGAUGAAUUGAUAUAAGCUGGACCCUCUUGACUCAUCCAACCCGCCCCUGCCUAUAGCAGGGGCUCCCCUUUACCCCUCACCCUCCCCAGCUAUGGCAGGCUUCAAGCGGGGCUACGAUGGGAAGAUUGCAGGCUUGUACGACCUGGACAAGACGCUGGGCCGCGGCCACUUCGCUGUGGUCAAGCUGGCACGUCAUGUCUUCACUGGGGAGAAGGUGGCGGUGAAGGUAAUCGACAAGACUAAGCUGGACACAGUGGCGACGGGACAUCUUUUCCAGGAGGUCCGCUGCAUGAAGCUGGUGCAACACCCCAACAUUGUGCGCCUGUAUGAAGUGAUAGACACGCAGACCAAGCUUUACCUUAUCCUGGAGCUAGGAGAUGGAGGAGAUAUGUUUGACUACAUCAUGAAGCAUGAGGAGGGCUUGAACGAAGAGCUGGCUAAGAAAUAUUUUGCCCAGAUUGUCCACGCUAUCUCCUACUGCCAUCGGCUGCACGUGGUGCACAGGGACCUGAAACCUGAGAAUGUGGUGUUCUUUGAAAAGCAAGGGCUGGUCAAGCUCACCGACUUUGGAUUCAGUAACAAGUUUCAGCCCGGAAAAAAGCUGACCACCAGCUGCGGCUCACUGGCGUACUCUGCUCCAGAAAUACUGCUGGGUGAUGAGUAUGAUGCUCCGGCUGUAGAUAUCUGGAGUCUUGGUGUGAUACUGUUCAUGUUGGUUUGCGGCCAGCCGCCCUUUCAGGAAGCUAACGACAGUGAGACCCUCACCAUGAUCAUGGACUGUAAAUACACUGUACCCCCUCAUGUCUCCAGCACCUGCAAAGAUCUGAUAGACCGCAUGCUUCAGAGGGAUCCCAAGCAGCGAGCCUCCCUGGAGGAGAUUGAGAGCCAUGCUUGGCUGCAGGGGGUGGACCCAUCCCCGGCCACCAAGUAUAGCACUCCCCUGGUGUCUCACAAGAACCUGUCGGAGGAGGAGCAUAACAGCAUCAUCCAGCGCAUGGUGCUGGGAGACAUCGCCGACCGGGAGACCAUAGUCGAAGCCCUCGAGACCAACAAAUACAACCACAUCACAGCCACAUACUACCUGCUAGCAGAGCGGAUCCUGAGGGAGAAGCAGGAGAAGGAGGUGCAGACCCGCUCCUCCAGUCCCAGCAACAUCAAGGCACACUUCAGGCAGUCCUGGCCCACCAGAGUGGACAUGCACCAGGAUAUUGAGGACAGUUUGGCAGCUUCGUCCAUCUCCCAUGCAGGAGGUCCUCAGUCCCCCGCUCGCAGUGCAGAGAACCUGCUAAAUGGACAUCGCUCCAAAGGCAUGAUGGAGCUGGGCAGACGGGAGGAGAGCACGGUUACCGACUCUCCGGGGUUGCUGGCACAGGGAGCGUGUGCUGCUGCUCCCGGCACCAUCAGGGCUCCCACUCCUUCCACCUCAGCAGCAGCCAAGCAGCGAACCUGCCUGUUCAGAGUGGAGGAGGAUGAGGAGGAGGAGGAAGAGCAGGACCCGUCUCCCCUGCCGUCUCAGGUGAUCCUGCGGCGGAAGCCUCCUUCCAUCACCAACCGCCUCACGUCCAGGAAGAGCGCCCCAGUGCUCAACCAGAUCUUCGAAGAGGAGGGCGAGUCCGAUGAUGACUUCGACAUGGACGAGGGCCUGCCGCCCAAACUCAGCCGUCUCAAAAUGAACAUGGCCGGAAACGCUGGCAGCCUGAGCUCCUCGUCGUCCCCUGGAUCCACGCAGAAGCGUUACCACCGGCGCAAGAGUCAGGGAAGGGGGUCGUCGUGCUCGAGCUCCGAGACGAGCGACGAUGACUCGGAGAGCCACCGGAGGCGUCUGGAUAAAGACUCGGGCUUCAGCUACAGCUGGAACAGGAGGGACAGCAGUGAGGGGCCACCUGGCAGCGAGGGGGGGAAUGGUGGAGGGAGCAGCUCAGGGCAGGGAAAGCCCCCCACAGAGGGAGGAGGCUCCUCUGGCCCAGACAGGGGGAGUCCUGGAGCAGGUGGUAACGGAGGAGGAGAAAGUGGCAGUGGUGGAGGGGGGAAUGGGGGAGGAGGGGGGAGUAAUAAAGGACAAGACAGCCCUUCCAGCUGUUGUAACAACAGUAGCACUACUAACCCCUCCCUCAGCUCUCAGCCCCGGCCCUCCCGCACUACAAGCCGCAGCACCGAGCUGGUGGAGAGUCUCAAGCUGAUGAGCUUGUGCCUCAGCUCGCAGCUGCAGCACCACCGCGCUGGGCGGGGGAGUCGAGGAGGAGGAGGGGGUGGGGGCAAGUUCAUCAUAGACCCUCGCAGCCUCUCAGGAGGGAGCGUGAAAAUCCAGGAGAAAUCCACGUGGAGGAUGUGCAUCGGCUCCACCGGGAGCCUGGACAUCAUCACCCUUCCCACCACCACUAUCACCGGCCUGCCUCGCACCCACGCCACACAGCACCACCACAACCGCAAACCGGCGCUGCACGGCAGCCCGGGUGGCAGGGACCCUCACAGCAAUCUGAGCAGCCUGAAAAACAGCGUGAUUCAACUACCUCUGUGUGAGAAGACCAUCUCUGUCAACAUCCAGCGAGGUGGGGGCUCUCGGGAUGGCCUGCUCUGUACCUCAGCUCCAGCCAGCUGCUGCCAGGUCAUCUGAAGCUCGCUGACACCCUGUGGACCAUCUCCCACCAACACCAACUUUUCUCAGUCACCCCCACCCCCCCGCUUCAGGUAGUUUAUUUGAACACUACUCCUCCUGUCUAGAGUUUGCUGUAGCAGGUAGCUGAACUCGCACCUCCACCUGCCUCUUAGCUCUCCACCUCUCCUGUCACUUUGUGUUCAGUGCUCUGCUCCCUACAUGUGUCUCCUGCCUGUUGUUGGCUGUUAUAAAUGUGUAAUAAUGUUUUUAUGUUUUCAUUAUAUUUUUGUUUUAUGUCUCCUGACUGCACUUUGACAUUCUUAAUGAUUUAGAGCGUUUAAAUUAAGGAGGCUCUCAUUUAAAGUGGACCUAGUCUGCUCGUUUCUAGCUCUGUGGCUUUUAUUCUUAGACUCUACUAGAGUAGCUUUGUAUGAUUGACUCUUCAAAAUAAUCCUUCUUUAUUUUAUAGCAGGCUCUCAGGUGAUCCUGUGUGACACGGUGUGAUAUAAGCUCCCAUCCUGUGACAAAGCAAGAAAGCAGAAUGGGUCCACUUACAGAGCAGAGCCUCAGGGCCACUGUGAGAGCAUUUUGACCAGUAUUGAUUAGAGUGUAAAUUUUAAAAAGAAAAAGGAAUAUCAUAAGGAAAAAUUGUAAUUUUACAAACCUGUAAAUAUAAAGUUGUAACUGUUUGAGAAAGCUGAGUCAUAUUUUGGGAAAAAAAAAAUAGAGAUUGUUCUCUAAGAUAAAGUUUACAUUUUCUAGGAGAAGGUCAUUAUAGAAAUGUAAGAUCCUGUAGGCUUUAUUAAAAUAUUUAUAAUGACAAAAUUACAGUCACUCAGUUUAUCAACCAGAGAGUGAACGAUGGUUGAUGUGGACAAAAGUUUCAUUUUGUAACAUUUUUGGCACUCCUUCCAAACUACUUCUAUCGAUCCAUAACAAUAAUAUCAGUAAUCAGUCAUCAGAUGCUGCCUGGAGCUGGAAAAGAAGUAAUGUAAACAGAGGGAUGACAGGAUUAUCCAGUAAAAAGGUGAUGCACAGGUGCUGUGGUUACCUGUAUUCACUCUUUCCUGUACAGAGGUCUGAGCUGGUCGUGCCUGCUCCGGGUAGUUAAAGGGGAAUUCUGUGUGUUUGGAUCACAGGAACUUUGACAGGACAAUAUCAUACACGUGUCAAAAUCCCCAAAACAGGAACACGGCUCACUAAAUAUCAGGUUUCUUCAUUUGCAUGGAAAAAAAUAGAGAAGUGAGCAGAAUCAGUUCAUCCUUGAGUCCAGUUCCUGUUUUCCCACGGGGCCAGCAGGGCACCACAGAGGUGCUGGGCCUAAAGAACCACAGAACCACAUCUGGCUGUGGGAGGGCCUACUGGAAAAAAAUCCACCAACGAUGGACGAUGCAGCCCACUUUGACAGAAAUGAGUCCAACUUGUGUGAUGAGUGCUCUCGGGCACGUGGGCUGCACUGCUGGACUGACUGGGGGGCUGAGACAGAUAAUCAAAAAAUGCAGCUUCAUCAACAGGUCUGAUGAAGUCAGUAGACCCCCCCGACAUGAAUUAGAGAGAAGGUCAGAGGCCCGGAUAAAGAUUUGAGGUAGAAUCAAAGAAUCAUGUGACACAGAAUGUACCAAUCACAGCAGGUUUUAAGACAGGCGUCAGUACUGAUUCUGUUAAAGGUAUGCUGCUGAAAUUUCAUUAUUAUUCUCAAUUAUAAUUAAAUUAUUAUGGCACUUUUAAGACUGUAACUUAGCGUCUUCAUGAACUUUUCCCUUGUCAGAUACUUUGGUCCUGACUUCCUGUUGUUCCCGCCUGACACAGUUUUAAUAUUUUGAGCCUUUUACUUGUAAAAUUAGAACUUUAUUCUCUUAAUAUGAACGUUUUCCUCAAAAUGACGACUUCUCGUCAAAUGAAAGCUUCUGUCUCAGAACGUCAGUGGUCCAAACACUCCAGGGCUAAAAGUCAAAACGAUGAGCACUCGUAGUUGCAGUGUGGUGCUGCAGCUGACAGAGGAGAGGGAGCGACAGCCUUCAGUCCCCUCUUCAUGUCAGCCGCCUGUGACAUCACUGAUGAGACGCAUCACAAAGUGGAUUCCAUUCACUCGAGUCCCCUCAGUGUAUCCGACCUCCUCUGUCCAUGAAGGGAAGAGGAGGUGUGACUCUCCGCUUCGCUCUGGGCUCCGUAUUGCACUCAGACAAUCUGCUUCCUGUUCUUUAAGGACGGCGUGUACUCUGCUGAGCUUGGUGGUUAUAACCCUUUAAAUCUGUACUCUUUACAGAGGCGGCACGCUUUCAGCUUUCAAUGACACACUGAAGCUGGUGUGUGUGUGAGUGAUUGAGUGUGUGAGUGAGUGAGUGUGUGAGUGCAGCGUUGCAUUGAUACUGUAGCAAGAUGAUCACACAACAGGUUUGGAAAACUUACUGCUGACCACACAUUUAAAAAUGAGGUGUUCUUAUUUUUUUAUUCUCAUGAUUUUGUGGUGUUUGCUGGAGGAACGUGUGUCGUGUUCGGCUAGCGUUAACUUACCGCUGCAGAGACGGCUGCUUCAGAAUCAGCAGGAUUUCUCACCAGCUCCUCAUAACAUGUGCUCUGAUGUUCACGUCACAGUUAGAGAGACAGUCUGCAGCUGAUGAUGGUGAUGGUGGUGCCUUCACACCAAACGCAUGAGGUCAAAUAUUUCAGUUUUUCUGUAAAAACGCUGCUUUCUGCUGCAGGGAAACAGAUGUUUGGUUCAGCUUUCAGAGACGGGGAAAAAACGAGGGUUUGGAGAGAAGUGGGGGAAUCCAGGGACUUCAUGGAAAGUUCUAAAAAUGUUCCUGCAGCUGUGUUUGAAUCUUCACUCAUGACUAUCUCAUUAUCACUCACCAUGAGGCACCAAGCAGAUCCACUUUCCCACAGAUUCUUCCCUCAGCAUCUCAGGCUGGAGCUCAGACUCAGGCCAUACUAAAAUCUGAUUUUUCCUUUUCAUCUUUAUGUGAUUAUAAUAUUAUAUCAGCCUGCUCAUGGAGCGCCGUGCUGAUUCUCCUCUAAAACGUCGAUGCAGCGUUGAAGGCAGGAAGAGAACACUGCACAGUCAGAAAAACUCAAGUACAAAUACCCUGAAUUUGUCUCAUAUUUUAUUAAUGUAAUAAAAGUACUUAUUUCUACAAGCACUCUGAUAUAACCAAGUCUUGUAACUUGGCAACAGCCCUGAAAUAAUCCAGAUGUUUAAUUUUAAAGGGGUAAGUUUGAUUUUGAAGACAAAAAGUGUCAGCAGGUUAAUAAACCCUGCUUUUAAACAGUUUCACCAAGUUCCCCUAAAGUUACUCUUUGCACUCUGCAUGCAGACAGUUGCAUAUUACCUUUAUUAUGUGCAAUAAUAUUUUUUCCUGUUCACCUUUGAGGGCCCUGAUUCUCAGCUGAAAAUAUCUUUAUUGGAUUAUUGCUGCCUUUAGGCCUCCAAUCUCUGAGGUAACAAAGUAGCCAAAAACUUGAUCUCCCUCCACCGUGCUUCGGUUUUUUAAUCCUUAAACGUUGUGUGCUGGGCUGUCUCAGCUGUGUCCUGUUAACGUAUUUCCUAAUUGCUGUUUUCCUGUGUUUGUUUGAGUUCAGUCAGAUUUGAUCUCUUGAUUUGGGGAAAAAAAAAAAAAAAAGAGC